UUUAAGGGCGCUGCGUUCAACAGCAUUUUAGCUAUUGAUGACAAUGUCUGUCUCCUUCAUACAUCACAGGGAGGAGUCAUCUACUGUCUCAAACUGAAUUAAAUGUAGUUUGUAUAUGAUUCCCACGCGGCAACUUUGAAUCGGCUGCUAUCAGUGGCAGUGUCAUUCAACUGCGCUGCUUUGUCGCCUCCUAGCGGUGGUGGGAGGAGGUUGCACCCUGAAGGAAAAGCAGAGUCACGUUUCGCUUGGCCGACCACAGGUGGUGGUCUGAGAGGAGUCACAGGGGGCGUUUUCACUGCUGCCACAAAAAUGAAUUCAUACACACACACACACACACACAUUGCUGUCAAACACACUGGCUGUAUUUUUACAUUUACAAAGCAUGUUGAGCCGUUUGGAAGACACCAUCCCUCUUAAAAUGACGCCCUUCCUCUAUCUGUUAUAUAUAUUCUAUGCCUUUAUACAUGCAAAUAUAUAUAUAUCAAUUUUUGCUCCUUGGGGAUGAGGUUGAAUGUAUAAUCAUCUUACUCUGACCAGUUAUUCUCCUUACUCCCUUUCAUACCUACAUUAUGUUAAAUGAUGCAUUAUGUGUAUUUUAAUAAUUCCAUAACAGCUAUAGACACAAUAAACACACAACACAAAACAGUAAUAACAAAAACAGCCCCACUUCUCCACCCCAACAACAGCAAUGCUUCAUAGUGGUAAAACAAAUGUUAAUCCAGAGCAACACAAGAAAACAUUUUAGGGCAAUAUAUUAAAAAAAGGAGGGUGAAGAAAUAUACUAUCAUAUAACUCAAUGAUGACGCUCGUAAAUUACAUAUUUGAGUUUUUAGGGUUUGUACAAAAAUUAUUAGGGGGAUUCAGAAAAGGGGGAGGGUUAGGUAUUUUUUGUCCUUUUUGCUGAAGAGUCUGCACUUUUUGAGAGUGUGGGGGAGGGUCUUUAGCGAGCACUUAGUUUGUCAGCAAGCUCCCACCUUCACUUUAUUGUUCAUCUUAACAGAAAGCAGAACUACAGUAAAGUAAAACGUGUCAGUUUGUUGGCUAUGUGAAUUAACCCAAACCACGAUGUUUCCCUAAACUUAGCCAAUCUGUUUUUGUGCCUAAACCUAACCAAACCUUAACCAGAGCGUUGUCACAUCAUAAAACAUUCAUUUUUCAACAGUGAUUUGUAACAGUUAUAGAAGGCAUAGACAAAUGAUUUCAUCCUGCAGUCAGAUCAGAAAAUGCUUCUUUUAUGUGUCGUUCUAGAGGGCAUGAACAAACGAUGUAUUUUGUUGUUUAAUUUGGAGGACUUGUUGAAUCAUUUCCAUACAAUCCCUGACUUUUACAGACCGUAUCUGCCCCACCACUCAUAUAGUUACAGUAAAAUAAAUCUGACACCCUUCGGUGCAACAGUGUAUAAAGGUACUUGUGGGUGAGUAACACUGAAGCUGGGCAAGGAUCCUGAACAGGCGUGGCAUGAUUUCUGAUUAAAAGUUGCCUUUUUUUUGUCACACGUGGGGAAAAAUGCCUCCAUCUGCAGUAAACCCACUUCUCUGACAAACUAUUGACCUCUCUUCACUGUACAGUAUGUUCAAAGUGGCAAAAAAUAGCACGACUCCCUCAUAGUUUUGUGCUCUAUAUUCCUGAGUUACUAUAUUGUCAGACUGACUAAAUCUAUCUUUGCUCAGUUAUGCAACAGAUUACUAAAAACAAACUCCACUGUUCUAACCCAGAUAUCCAACAGUUAUACAAUGUGGAGAUCAAAAUCGCUCACACAAACGCAAACAUAUAUUUUUCCAUCUAGUACUUCUCCUACUGCACAUCAUAAUAAUCCCACUACUUAGCACUGGUGGAGGCCACCAUGCACCUUCUGUGGCCCGGAAACACUCAGGGUUGUAAUUUACCCUGAAGAUCAAGACUGACCCCCACCAGCUGCCUGUGUGAUUGUGGUCAAUCAAAAAAGCGAUUAUAGCAGCUUAAUCCCAGAUGAUCUCUGCUUCUAAAAGCCACUGCAGCAAAGUCAGGAAGGACUGAGUUUAGGGAGAGUACCUGGCCGCCAUGACAGCUGGAAGAUAAAGGAACAGAAAGAGAUAGACAGAUGCGUGACUGGAUUCUCAGGCAGUCAGUGGGGUUGUUUUUUGUGUACUGAUGCACUUUCAUUCAUCCAUUAAGUCAUUGAUAGUUUAAUCCUGUGUAUCCAACCUUUGACCUACUCUAGAGUAUGUCACGUGUGACGAUGUGAGCAAACAUUUUCACUGACUUUAAUCCUGACUCAUCUGAUUGUUUUGUUUCUGAAAUGAAAAAGAUAUCCAUCUUGGGGAAUCAAAAUAAUACCCUGCAGCUGUUUCAUGGUGGGAGAGAGUGAAUUUAUUGUUUAUAUGUAUGAUGCAAAUUUUUGUUUCCAGUAUUGGCCUUUAAACUGGGACUUAAUAGCUAUAUGCACAUACGGACUCAGAUUAGAAGGUGGAUUUCUUUGCAUAUACUGUUGAGAAGUUACGUAAUCCUCUCCAUCAGCAUCAUCAUGUUGUAAACUGCAACUUUCCAUAUUAUUUCUAUCUGUCUUUAUUAUCUUUUCUUUGAUUUCAUUUCACUUUAGCAUGCAAACGAUGUCCUGUCCUUUUUUAUAAACAGGACAUGGUAAGAGUGGUAAGAGAUCUACUUUCCCCUCCAGUGGAAAGAGGUUCAUGCAUUCUGUGCUCCUUUAUCGUUUGUGUGAAAAUCAGGCACUGGGGGUUUGGCUUGCACAUUAACCCAGACCCCUGAAGCCGGUGCCAGGCUUUGGGAGGAGGCCACUCUCUCUUUGUUUGAGCCAACAGGAGCUGGAAGGCAGCAAGACUGUUAGUUAUGAUGACAUUGCCCCUGCAGAUCAACUGAUAAUUGUCCAUUUAGGUGAAAAAAAAAUAUCAUUGCUACUCAGUAUCUGAAGAAGAGGUCAGAGAGCUGAACUCUCACAGCCUCCACUGAUUCAGAUUAUAUGGCAGGCACAGAAGUACAGAUACUUCCGGCGCUCUCUUAAUCUGAACAAAUGUAAGCUGGUGGGGCUUCAACACAAAUCCCUUUUUUGAGAGAUAAAGAGAGAAAGAUGCUGAUUGCUUUUCCUAUCCAUUUUUACUCAAAGAAGCACCUCACAUCAGUGUCGGGAGUCAUUGUUUGUGACUGGGUGUUGCUGCUGACAUGUUGGGACUGGCUUUGUUUUAUUUUGGAUUUAGACUCCACAAAGGAGCAAUCAAGUCUUUUUGAUAUUUUACAGGUGAUUUAAGUUCUUGUUUCCAGCAGUUUGAUGUCUGACAUCCUCGGGCCGGAUGUCUCAAAUCUUCAUGAAUCUCUAUCAAAAUAGCACUGCCUUGUUGUUUUGUUUCUAACUCAGAAGCAGCUUUUGCCUAAAGUAGAUGUAGCAGGCAAAACCGGGGACUGAUUUUCAUCAGUUUGCAUCACUUGAUUCCAGAUAACGUUAUGUUUGCUAGCCGUGGUGGUAGUGGAGCAGGAAAGGGAGGAAAAUACUCAGUGGAAGACCUCUAUGGCAUCAGUAAGAAGCCCAAGGCAUCGUCCUCCUCUGGGAGUAUUGUGGCCAAAUCUGGAGCCCGGAGCAGCAAGACCCCGGACCAGAGGACCGAGUCAGAGGCCCUGGCUUCUCAGAUCCUGGAGGCGGCGCACAGGCUGGUGGAGCGACGCCGACUGGAGCUCUACCUGAGAGAAUGUGGCCUCUCCCUGGCCGAGUGUGAGGCUGAGCGCUCUGCAAUGGUAUACAGAAACCUGGGGAAGUCAGGCCUACGUGUUUCCUGCCUCGGGUUAGGCACCUGGGUGACAUUUGGAUCACAGAUCUCUGAUGAGAUGGCUGAGAACCUGAUGGCCAUAGCUUAUGAGAACGGAGUGAACUUGUUUGACACGGCAGAGGUGUACGCCUCUGGAAGAGCGGAAAUCACUCUGGGGAACAUUAUCAAGAAGAAAGGAUGGAGGCGUUCAAGUUUUGUUAUCACAACAAAGAUCUAUUGGGGAGGCCAAGCAGAAACAGAGAGAGGACUCUCCAGAAAGCACAUUAUUGAAGGUUUAAGAGGAUCCUUAUCAAGACUGCAGCUAGAUUAUGUGGACAUUGUUUUUGCCAACAGAAAUGAUGUCAACAGUCCAAUGGAAGAGAUUGUACGGGCCAUGACGUUCGUAAUAAACCAGGGUAUGGCCAUGUACUGGGGAACCUCACGCUGGAGUGCCAUGGAAAUCAUGGAGGCGUACUCGGUGGCACGCCAGUUCAACCUGAUACCACCUGUGUGUGAGCAGGCAGAGUAUCACUAUUUCCAGAGGGAUAAAGUCGAAGUGCAGCUUCCUGAGCUCUACCACAAGAUCGGUGUUGGAGCAAUGACCUGGUCUCCGCUUGCUUGUGGAUUAAUCACAGGGAAGUACAGUGAUGGUGUACCAGAGUGCUCCAGAGCAUCAAUGAAGGGAUACCAGUGGCUGAAGGAGCGAGUGAACAGCGAGGAGGGCCGCAGGCAGCUCGCUAAGAUCAAGGAGCUCCAUCUACUGGCAGACAGACUGGGCUGCACUGCUGCACAGUUAGCCAUAGCCUGGUGUCUGCGCAGUGAGGGAGUCAGCUCAGUACUUCUGGGUGUUUCUAAUACAGACCAGCUACUUGAGAAUCUGGGUGCCCUCCGGAUUUUAUCCCAAAUGACCCCUCAAACCAUUACUGAGAUUGAUGCCCUGCUGGGAAAUAAGCCACACUCAAAGAAAGAGUUGCGCGCUUGAAGAUGCAAAUCUGAGUGACAGAUGAUGUUUCAAGAAGAUGAAGACGACAAUGACAUUGGGAAACAUCGCUUUUUGCUCUGCUGUAUACUCAACAACUUGCAUGUCCUCAGCAACAUUAUGCUUCCAGUAUGUGCGCAUAUCCAUUUUGCGCAGUACAUUGUAUCAUUUAUGAAAAAAAGAAGAUCUCUCAAUUGUGAAAAAAAACCAGGUCAUAUAUUGCUCACUGCCAGUUGUUCACAGACUAAUUGUUUCUACAGAGGGGGAGGCUGAAGCUGGUUGGAGCGACAGGUCUCUGCCUUCCACAGAGACCAAGAGAGGUUGAAAGAUAUUCAACUGUUGUCAAAGCAGAUUUGACUAAUUAAUCAAAUCAAAAACACCUCUGUGCUAAAAUGCAACUUUACUGCGUGAACGGUGCUUUCAUUGGACAUCUGAGUCUCCUCCCCUCGCAGCUGCCUGUUAUUCUGUAUGAUGUUUAGAACCCAGCAGCCAGAGAGCCAAAGGUUAGUACUAUUGUGUCUAGCCUAACAUUUCCCAUAAUGUGCAUGUGACUGGUCUGCCACGCUCACUGCUUUGCAGGGUUGGGAACAAUGGAUUACUUGUAGAGUCGUUACUGUGAUCUGACAACCUAAUCCAGUCUGGUAUAACUUUAAAAAAAGAACAGAUCACAUGCUUUUAAAAAACAGGCAAACUGAUUUAUUACUUUGAAAGUAACUAAACAUUGUGAAACUACAGACACUAGCACAUUUUUACACAUACUGAAAUAAUGAUGCACACCAUUACUUGAUCUAAAUUGAAAUGAAUGGAUCAUAUUGCAGCAGUAACUGAUACAUUGGCUUUUGAAUUAGAGAUCAUUAUGUUAGUUAUUACAAUUUAAAAGUGGCAAACGGUAAUCGGUACUAUUUUGAAAGUAACUUUCCCAACCCUGCUGCUUUCUCAGUUUUGCCUCCUCUGUUUGUAAACUGUGCGCAUGUCCCUUUAAGAGAGAAAAGCCCUAACAGGGUGUAAAUGUGGCAUGGCUUUUAUGGCUUAUGUAGAUUUGCAGUGCCCUUGUAAGCCAUUUUUUUACUCUAAAUGGUCUGGCAGUUUGAUCCAGGAUCCGUGCUGUUGGGCACUUAUGCUUUAAAGACUCUCUGCAGUCUGCAGACACGGCUGUGUGUCCAUCUGACAUAUAAUCUUUGUAUUGUCCUAAACUGUAUCAAAAGAUGUGCACAUCACUUUCAGUGAUGCCAUUCUCGUGACGAGCAUCAUUGUUCCUAAAUCAGAGGUUUGAGACAGUUGGACUUCAUGCAAAGUUUCACUGAACAUCUGACACAAAGAUUUGGACACACUGUGGUGAACUAGUAGUUUUCAAAUAAUAGGACAUAAAUGAUAAGUCUGAGUUUAUCAAAUGUGAUAUUUCUCUUGCCACAGGUCACUUGGGGUAAGAUUUAGCAAACGUUUUGUGGAAGCCUAAAAAUAUAGCUUCUCUGCUCAUUUCUCUGGGAGUUCUCUCUCUGUAUUAUUUGUUCCAUCGAUUCUUGCACACAUGCACAACUCAUUUUAUACUGUGCAUUUCAUGUCUUUUCCCUUUAGUUUUGUAUUGAUUUCAAAACUUUGUAAUGUGAAAGGAGGGGAUUUGUUCCUUUUGUGAUUUCCCAUGAAAAUGGCACUAAUCUCUAGAGCGGGGUGUGUUUUGAUACAUGAAGUUGUUUUAGUUGGUACAAGGUUACAUUGUACUGUAAAUAGGCUUAUCUGUUUGGCAGUGAGAUGACGAGAUAAAGGUUUAAAUGUCUGAAUCACGAAAGAAUUCCAGAAGAAGCAGCAAACGUUGCUCCUCUCUGUGACUGUGAUGAUGUACAGUUCGACUGAGUGUUCCAGUGUACAUAGAUACUUCAAUCAAACCUUGAAAAUGUAACUCUGCCUGCAUAACUUAUAUUUUACUGUCUUGCAACAAAGAAAAAAUCAAAAGAGAGAAGACACAACUCA